GGAACCGGGCCUGGGUACGCAACACCUCUGGAUGCUAUGAAAGGUCCCAAAGAGAAACUCAUCUAUGUUACCUGCAUCUUAACCGGGUCCGGCAUCCGAGCACCUGAUUACCUGGCUACGGUAGACGUGGAUCCAAAAUCUCCAACUUAUUGCAAGGUGAUCCACCGCCUGCCCAUGCCUUACAUCGAAGAUGAACUCCACUACACCGGGUGGAAUGCCUGCAGCAGCUGUUUCGGGGAUACCACCAAGAAGCGGAACAGACUGAUACUUCCUUGCAUCAGCUCCGCUCGCAUUUACGUGGUGGACACAGGGACUGACCAGAGAGCUCCCAGGCUCCACACAGUGAUUGAACCGAAAGAAGUUUUCCAGAAAUGUGACUUGGCUUUUCUGCACACCUUUCACUGCCUGGGCAGCGGGGAAGUCAUGAUCAGUGCUAUUGGGGACCCGCGUGGCAACGGAAAAGGUGGUUUUGUCCUUCUGGAUGCGGAGACAUUUGAAGUGAAGGGGAACUGGGAGAGACCCACUCAAGCAGCCCCUCAAGGUGGUGAUUUCUGGUACCAGCCAAGACACAAUGUCAUGAUGAACGGUGAAUGGGGGAUUCCAAAAUUCUUUGUCUCUGGGCUCAAUCCAACUGACCUGGGGAAAGGACGCUAUGGUCGUCGCCUGAACGUCUGGGACUGGACCACCCACUGCCUUCUCCAGUCGAUUAAUUUAGGUGAGGAUUCCACCCCCGUUGCAGUCCGGUUCCUGCACAACCCCAAUGCUGCACAUGGAAUGGUGAUCUGUGGAAUCUCGGGCAUCAUCAUGCACUUCUACAAGACACAGGAUGGAAGUUGGACAGCAGAGAAAGUGAUCCAGAUUCCAAGCAAGAAAGUGUCGGGAUGGUCAUUACCUGAAAUGCCAGCCUUAUGCGCCGACAUGGUCAUUUCAUUGGACGAUCGGUUCAUAUAUAUAAGUAACUUUCUUCAUGGCGACAUCCGUCAGUAUGACAUCACCAACCCUUUCUGCCCCAAGUUGGUUGGCCAGGUGUUUGUGGGUGGCAGCAUCCCAAAAGGCGGGGUGGUCACUGUCCUUGAAGACCCAGAGCUGGACUGCCAACCUGAUCCUUUAAUCAUCCAGGGAAGAAGAGUCUACGGGGGACCUGAAAUGCUUCAGCUGAGCUUGGACGGCAAGAGACUUUACUGCACCAACAGUCUGUACACUCCUUGGGACAAGCAGUUUUACCCUGAAUUGGUCAGGGAAGGUUCUGUCAUGCUGCAGAUCGAUGUGGACACGGAUCACGGAGGUCUGUACUUGAACGAAGACUUCCUGGUUGAUUUCGGGAAGGAAUCCUGCGGGCCUGCCCGGGCUCAUGAGAUGCGUUACCCUGGGGGAGACUGCACCUCGGAUAUCUGGGUCUAGCUGGGGAAUACGCAAACCUAUUCCAAUGCUAGCUUUGGGGGAGUGCUCUGGAGAAGGCA